GCCCCUGCCUCGCAUUGUGCUCCCAUCGCCAGUGGCCAGACCUCUCCACCAGGAUGUCGGGCAUCAGGAUACUGCUACAGAAAAUCCUGAUCCUUCUGCAGGUUACUCUGUCUGUUGUUGUGGGCAAAACACUGAUGAUACUGUUCCCCAACGCCAUGAAAAGAUACAUCCUAAAGAUGGGCGAAAAGAGCAGAAUGAACAGGAAUCCAAAGUUCAGCUACGAAAAUUGGGGCCCGACAUUUUUCAGCUUCAAGUAUUUGCAGUUUGUGCUGAAGGUGAAGUGGAAGAGGCUGGAGGAUGAAGCCUUCGAGGGACACCCUGCUCCCAACACGCCUGUGGUGACCCUCGGCGGGGAAGUUUGUCACCUCCUGGAUUUCAUGAAAGAUAACCGGCCUUUAAUCCUGAACUUUGGAAGCUGCACCUGACCUUCAUUUAUGCUGAAAUUUGAUGAGUUCAACAAGCUUAUCAAAGAUUUCAGCUCAAUAGCAGAUUUCCUUAUCAUCUACAUUGAGGAAGCUCACGCAGUAGAUGGAUGGGCUUUUAAAAACAAUGUCAUCAUUAAAAAUCACAGAAGCCUUGAAGAUCGAAAAAUUGCAGCACAAUUUCUUCAGAAAAAUCACCCUCUGUGUCCAGUGGUUUUGGACACUAUGGAAAACCCGAGCAGUUCAAAAUACGCUGCGCUGCCAGAGCGACUCUACAUGCUUCAAGGAGGGAAGGUCAUCUACAAGGGAGGAGUGGGGCCUUGGAAUUACCACCCCCAGGAAAUACGUGCCAUCCUGGAAAAACUGAAAUAGAAAAAGAAGAGGACUUCGAAGCAAAAACUAUUUGGAUAAAGAAGUUCAAGAAUAAUUUGUCACAGACCUAAGUCUAAGGAACAAAAACAGAAUUUAAAAACAGCCAACUUCUGUUCUGUAGUAAUUUACUGCUCUUAUACCACAUGCAGUAAUGUGGGAGCUGAGUCCAUUGAGCUCUGGAUACCAACAUUUACACUUGUAAGGAAUAACCUGCACAAUGAACUUCGGGGUGGUGACAUUUGCAAGAGUCCACUAGCAUGCAAAACAACUGAUUUCACAUUACUAUAGACAUUGCACUCGUGUAUAUAAAACGUUCCCUUUCACUGACUUCAGGAGGCUUCUGAGCAAGACAAUCUCUAGCAACAUUGGUUUCUAUGAAUAUUUGUUAUGAUGGUCCCAGCCUAAAGCACUGGCGGCUGUGACCUGAUUCUAGAAAAUAUUUAUAGAAACAAGGGAUCGAUCUACAAUUAUUAAAAGUCUAUCAAAACAA